AUGAACGCUAAGAUCCUCAUGUCGGACGGCUUUCCAACUAUAUGCUGGCCAGAUAAAGAGUUUGAAAACCUUUGCGCCAUCUUCCGGACGAGGGAGUCACUGCAUCGGCGGAUGUAUCAGCAUCGUACUGUCAAGGCCGUUGAGGCUAUGAUCAAAGAAGCGUUCAAGUUAGCUGCUCCUCAUAUCGAGAUCAAGGGUUUGGAUGAAAAUGGAUCGGAGGCCUUCAAGUCCCUCAGCGAGUCAAUUGAGGAUCCUCGUGCCCUUUGCGUCAUGACCAACUGGCUGGCUCAUUACAUCGAGCAUGCACACGCUGUGCGUUUCGUUGGUAACCAGGUCCCGCGAAUUCCUGCGCUCGAACGAGCGUCCCAAAUCCUCAAAGACAUUCAGCGGCGAAAGAUUUGGAAAGUGGUUGUGAAAUUCUCUGGAGUGCCGGAACAAGGCGUUAUCGAGAAGAUUUGUUCACACAGUAAGUGGUGA